AUGCUAAUAUACCUCCCAUCCAUGUACAGUCUGGUGGCCGCCAAGGAACCGCCGAAGAAGAAGGGAGCGUCGGCCAGAUACCCCGACGGCAUGGUAAAUGUGGAGGGUCAUCCCGUGAAGAAGGAGGAUUCCUCUCCCAUCAUCUACAAGCGCUACAAGCUGGGCGACGUGAAGGACUUCGACUCCCUCUUCUUCCCGGAGAAGGAACAACUGCUCAGGGCGCUGGAGAACUUCGAGGCCAAGAGGGGCAGAUACGCCAUCAGGGGCUACCCGCACAAGCUCGGUUUUCUCCUCCACGGCCCCCCCGGCACCGGAAAGACGAGCCUCAUCAAGGCACUAGCGUGCCGGACAGGGAGGCACAUCAUCCAGGUUCCCCUGGGGCGGAUCAAAACCAAUGAGGACCUGAUGAACGUCAUGUUCGACCAAUCGUUCCGCGUGGCCACGCAAGAGCUGCCGGUCCCGCUCAAGCACGAGAACGUGAUCUACGUGUUCGAGGACGUAGACGCGGCGUCCAAGAUCGUCAAGGCCAGGCAGAGCAUCAUCAAUAACGACGACAGCAGCAGCAGCAGCAGCAGAAGCUGCAGCAAGGGCGACGACAGCGAGGAGUACGCGGACGCGUACGACAAGCUCGACCUCUCGUUUUCCGGAGGUUGGGGGUUGACACCACAUCGCUGCAAGCUCGGGUUCAUGGGUCUCCUGAACGUUCUGGACGGGGUCGUGGACACGCCCGGCAGGCUCGUUGUGGUGACCACCAACAUCGUCGACUGCUUGGACCCCGCUCUCAUCCGGCCCGGGCGCGUCGAUCAGAAGAUUCUUCUCGGAUACAUGCGGUACGACGCGGCGCUGGCAAUGACCAAGCACUUCUUCCCCGAGGAGAGCGAGAGCCUCACCGACGAGCAGAAGAAACGCCUCCAGGACGUCUUCAGCGACGAGGCCGUCGCGCUGAGAAGGAGGCCCGCUUCGAACUACGGCGGCGGCGACCGGGGCGAGCUCACGCCCGCGACGAUGGAGAAGGUGCUGGGCGAGCACGAAAAGGUUGACGACUUCCUGGAGGCGCUUGAGGCGUUCGCUCUGGAGAAGCCGGCCAGCGGUGGCGGUGGCGGUGGCGGUGGCGACGCUCUACCCAAGGAUCAGCUCGGGCUAACCCUGAGCAGCGGGGUGGCGAAGGCGGACGAGAACGUCGAAGAAGAGGAAGAGGAGGAGGGCGCAGGAGAGACCCCGGUGCUCGUGCCUGUUGGUUUCAAAGACGAUGACUAGUACUAGAUAGAUAGAUAGAGCUGACGACGGCGCGGCAACUACGACAGGAUAGAUAGAUGGACAGUGGUAGUGUCUCGCUGCUGUUGUCCUCUUAGGUCUGCCGACGGGCGAUCGUUUGCGGUUGCGCGCGCGCGUGCGUGACGGCGGGAUGUGUGUCGAACAGAGGUGUGUGUGUGUGAAAUACGGACACAAUACGGUGCUUCUCCCGACCGGGCAUUCUCUUCAAUAUUUGUCGCAAGAUAACCCGUUUCGGAGGCUGGGGGGCGCGUAUAAUAGGUGUUUACUGCUGCGAGGUGCGGGCGGACUUUUAUUUCUUUUGGAGGGACAGACGGGGGUGAUUCUUCCUGACGAGUGUUUCUUUGAGGCAUUUUUUUGAGAACCUGUCUGUCGAGGGAGGCAAACCACGGCUUUUGUGGAGAAGGUGAAGCCCUCCUUCCUAG